UAAUCAGAGCAUUAAGCAACUAAAAUUAUUUUAAAAAACAGUUUGACCAAGAAAAAAGGAAUUGUAAAACAGAACACCGAAUGGCGUCAGUAAAGUUACCUUGGGAUAUGGAGGAAGAGAUAAUGUCUCGGCUUCCAGCUCAAUCUCUUGUUCGGUUCAGGACAGUAUGUAAACACUGGAACGGUCUUUUCAACGACAAGAAAUUCGCCAGCAAGCACUUGUCUCGUUCCCGUCCCCAAAUCAUCUUGCUGACCGAAUCGAAGAAGAUGUACUCGAUAGACGUAGAACUUAGCGGCGGAACGAUAGAGCUGCGUGAGCUACCUUAUGAUUUUCCUUGCCAGCCAAUGGAGUUGAGAUAUACCACCAUCACGGCUUGUGAUGGUUUAUUGUUUCGUGAAUUUUGGAAGCAUGGUGUUGCGGUUUGGAAUCCGUGGUUGAGACAGGUUGGAUGGAUAGAUUUCGAGGAUAAAAAAGAUUUCAAUGUUUGCGGUGUAGGAUACGACAGUAGUAGACCCGAAAAGGGUUACUACAAAAUCUUGGGGUAUUUUCUUUGCUUCCGUAGAGUCAGAGCCACUUUCGAGGAAGGUUACGACAGAGUUGCGAUCUACGAGUGUUCUUCCCAUACGUUCAAGUAUAUUGAUGUUCCUCCUUAUAAGAAGUGCCCCUCCCCGGAUCAUUUGUCCGUGAACGGGAAUCUCUAUUGGGUCUCUCGUAAUCGCGAGACUCAUGAGUGUUUCAUCGAAACCUUUGAUUUCUCCAUGGAGAUGUUCAAACCCUUUUGUCUCCUGCCGUGUCCGGUGGGCUAUGAUAACAACAAUGUACUUGUCCUCUCUGCUUUCAAGGAAGAUCGGCUUUCCUUGUUAAAGCAAUGCUACGAAACAAGGAAGAUUGAGAUUUGGGAAACGAAGAUUGAUAGAGAGGAGGAUGCCGUGUGGAUUAAGUUAAUGACUUUGCCAACAACUAACUUGCCUAAGCUACUCAAAAUGUUUUGUGGCAUUAGUUACUUCAUCUUUGACAAUACGCUAAUCAUAUGUUGUUUCGACAUCGAAAUUGGAGCGCCUUGCAUCUAUAUGGUGAGGGGAGAAGAUAUGUUGAAGAAGAUUCCGAUAGAUUCUGAGAUUGUUUGGUUUUCUCACUGUCUCUAUCUUCCAAGUUUGAUCUCGGUUCCUUUGGUAUCUCAUCAAGUUUAAAUUUUCUGGCUUUUUUCUUAAUUAGUUACAAAUCUGAAUUCCAUAAAAAUUGUAUUAACUAUUUUAACUCAUACUAAUUAGUAACUACGGAAAUGUUUGAAAGAGAGUUAUGUUAGUGGUGAAACCAUGGUUUAAAAUUUCGUAAUUGCACAAUACUAUAAUUUGAUU